AUGGCCAGCUUUCUGCAGCUCCUGCUGGCCUGGUUGGGAGGCUGCGGCUGCGCGGGCCGGCUGGCGCCCCCCAGUCAGGGAUCGAAGGCCGGGUCCUUGCGAGGAAACGCCUCGCAGCGCUGGGAGCGGCCCCUGCUGAGGUCCCGCCGGAGCUGGGUCUGGAACCAGUUCUUCGUCAUCGAGGAGUAUGCCGGACCGGAACCCGUCCUCAUUGGAAGGCUUCACACGGACGUGGACCGCGGCGAGGGCCGCAUCAAGUACGUGCUGACCGGAGAGGGGGCGGGCACGGUCUUCGUGAUCGACGAGAAGACGGGCAACAUCCACGUCACCAAAACGCUCGACCGGGAGGAGAAAGCCCAGUACACUUUGCUGGCUCAAGCCGUCGACCGGGCCUCCAACCGGCCUCUGGAGCCGCCGUCCGAAUUCAUCAUCAAAGUCCAAGACAUCAACGAUAACCCGCCGGUCUUCUUGCAGGGUCCCUAUCAUGCCACCGUGCCCGAGAUGAGCAACGUGGGCACAUCUGUGAUCCAGGUGACGGCCCACGAUGCGGACGACCCGGCCUACGGGAACAGCGCCAGGCUGGUCUAUACGGUACUCGAGGGGUUGCCGUUCUUCUCCGUCGACCCCCAGACGGGUGUGAUUCGUACCGCGACCCCCAAUAUGGACCGGGAAACGCAACAGGAAUUCCUCGUCGUGGUACAGGCCAAGGACAUGGGGGGCCACGCGGGAGGGCUUUCCGGAAGCACUACCGUCACGGUCACCCUUAGUGAUGUCAACGAUAACCCUCCCCGCUUUCCCCAGAGCUCGUACCAGUUUUCUGUGGUGGAGACGGCACCUCCCGGCUCUGCAGUGGGGCGGCUGCGGGCUCACGACCCCGAUGAAGGGGAGAAUGCGCUGCUCGCCUACAGCAUCCUGGAUGGAGGAGACGGAGCUGAGGCUUUUACUAUCCAUACUGAUGCGCUGGGGCAGGACGGGAUCAUCACUGUGCGAAAGCCCUUGGACUUUGAGUCCCGCCGCUCUUACACUUUCCGAGUGGAGGCCACCAAUACACUCAUCGACCCCCAGUACAUCCGCAAAGGGCCCUUCAAGGACGUGGCGACGGUCCGUAUUGCGGUCGAGGACGCCGACGAGCCCCCGGCUUUCUCACGCCCCGAGUACCGCCUGGCCGUCUACGAGAACAGCCCCCCGGGGACCCUCGUGGGCAAGGUGACGGCCGUGGACCUCGAUUCCCCCAGCAGCGUCAUCCGAUACUCUGUCCUGCCGCACACGGAUCCCGAGCGCUAUUUCAGCAUCAACUCCCAGGACGGGACGAUCCUGACCUCGGUGCCCCUCGACCGGGAGGUGGUGCCCUGGCAUAAUCUGACCGUGGUGGCGACUGAACUUGACAGCCCUACACAGGUCUCCCACGCCCAAGUGGCCAUCCAAAUCCUCGACGUCAACGAUAACCCACCUCAGCUGGAACACAGCUACGAGCCCUUUGUCUGUGACAGUGCCACUCCUGGCCAAUUGAUCCAGCUGAUCCGGGCAAUAGAUCGGGACGAGGAUGGGAACGUGAGCCGUAUCAUCAUCCGCUCCCCACUUGGGACAAGGGAACCCAACGUCACCGUGCGAGACAACAGGGAUAACUCGGCUUCUCUGCUUCUCCGUGCCGCUCGUCUGCCCGCACAAGGCGGGCCCCUGCUGGUGCCGCUGGAGCUGGUGGACGGCGGCUCCCCCACCCGCACCGGCUCCCCUACCCUGACAGUCAGCAUCUGCCGGUGUCGACGUGACGGGGCCAUGCAGUCUUGCGGGCCGGAGGCCCUGGGAUCUCCCGCCGGCCUCAGCACAGGAGCGCUGCUCGCCAUCCUGGCCUGUGUCGGCACUCUUCUUGCGCUGGUGUUGCUGUUUGUCGCCCUCCGGAGGCAGAAGCAGGCGGCGCUGCUGCCCUUCGAAGAAGAAGACGUCCGCGAGAACAUCAUCACUUACGACGACGAGGGCGGGGGCGAAGAGGACACCGAGGCCUUCGACAUGGCCGCCCUGCAGAACCCGGACGCCGCCCCUCCACCGCCGCAGCAGCGGCGCCUCCUCCGGCGUGACGUGCUGCCCCGCCCGCACUUCCCACCGUCCUUGGCCGCCCGCAUACCCCCACAACCCCACGACGUGGCCAGUUUCUUGGCCGCCCGCCUGAGCGAGGUGGAUGCCGAUCCGUCGGUCCCGCCCUAUGACUCCAUCCAGGUGUACGGCUACGAGGGGCAGGGCUCUUCCGCCGGCUCCCUCAGCUCCCCCGGCUCCUCGUGUGCCGGCGACAGCGAUGCGGGUGGAUAUGAGUAUCUGGAAGAAUGGGGGCCACUCUUCCGAACACUGGCUGAGCUCUACGGGGCCCCGGAGGGGCCACCCCCAACUUGA